AUGAAACGUUUUGCCGAUCAACCUCGCACAGAGAGAAGCUUUAACAUUGGUGAUUACGUUUAUGUCAAACUCCAACCUUACCGCCAACAGUCAGUGGUCUUGCGUUCAAACCAGAAGCUCAGCCCAAAGUACUUUGGUCCAUAUAAAGUCCUCGACAAAUGUGGAGCUGUGGCGUAUCGACUACAACUUCCGGCAUCAUCACAAAUUCAUCCGGUGUUCCAUGUUUCCCAAUUAAAGCUACAAGUAGGAGCUCUUACGUUAUCUACAACACUUCCCAAUUUAGUCCCGGACGUGUUACUCCAAGAACCAGAACGUGUAUUGGAACGCAAGAUGGUCCAAAGACAAGGUCGCGCAGCAACAAUGGUUCUGGUUAAAUGGUCUCAUUUACCUGAAGAAGAAGCUACGUGGGAAUUACUUUUUGAUUUGCAAAGGAGGUUUCCAUCUUUUGAACCUUGA